AUGGUUGGGGGGUUGGUGUUGGUGUUGGUGUUGGGCUGGGCCACAGCGGUGGCCGGGUUGAUGGACUGCAGCACGGUGACGUCGCUGUUAUCCACCUGCUCCAACUUCGCCACGUAUGGGACGCCGGAUCCCACCCUUGGCACCCCCUGCUGCGACGGGGUGGUCAGCCUCUACAACAUCGCUUCCGACUCCACCGACAACCGGAGGUCGGCGUGCAGCUGCCUCAUGGCCCUCAUUACCACCUACAAUCCUAAUGCCACCGCCAUUGCCCGCCUGCCCGGCCUCUGCGGCAUCUCCCUCGGCUUCAUCAUUGAUCCUAACACCGAUUGCACCAUCAUUCCUUGACUUUGCCUUCGGAGGAGUUGCUUUCUUCUUCUGAUGCUCGUUUAAUAAAUAGCUGGAUGCCGGAAUAAAUGAUCUCAGCUUCCAUGGACUAUCUUGCAGAGGGGCUUCAUUGGAAAAUGGAAAUUAUAUAAAUAAAUAGAGGUGACAUUCGACAUGUUAGAGAGAGAGAGAGAAGAGAGAUUGUGCUCAGUGCUCAGUGCUCAGUCCACUAUGCAAGCCUACGGGUGGGAUUUUGUGGCUAAAUAGGUGCCUUUCAUAUCUUAUGACAUGACAUUGAAUCAUGACCAUAGUCUAGUAAUGCAAACCUUAUCUUCCUACU